AUGCUUGGCUUGGGGAUCCCUCUCCUCGUGGCAGGGCCUCUUUACUACGUGGUUCAAGGCCUCCGAUUCCAGGUCCUUGAAGGCUUUGGAUGCAGCAACGCUACCGAUGGCUCGAUUCUCCACAUCCUGCUUAUCAGAUUGUGGACUGUCAUUCCUCCCUUGGUUACCAUCACCAUCUACUAUCCUCAUGUUGCUCGCAUCUUCUAUCUGCACGGCCGGGAGGUCACUCACUUCCUCCAGAGCAACAAUUCGGUGAACCGCACACACUACUUCCGUAUACUGGCUCUGGCAAGCAUCGACAUCCUGCUCACGUUGCCUAUAGGCAUUGCGAAUAUUGUAUUGUCUGUGGAAGAUGAAGUAGCUCGAAUCGGUCCUAUACCGUUCUACUUUGGUUGGACCUACGACCACACGGGAUGGCAGCCACAGAGUUAUUCUUACGCAGCCGUAGUGUCCGAAGGGACGUUUGUGGUAGCCCAGGAAUACUUCGUUCAAUGGACAUCUCCUGCUCUCGCCUUUGCUAUCUUCGCUCUCUUUGGCAUAACAGCGGAAGCUCGCGCGUCGUACUGGCGCACUAUCUGCACCAUCGGCGGCUGGUUCGGCUGGAACACGACACCUCCCAGGGGGCAUUCACCGUUGGAGGACAUUGAGUUCGGCGAACGGCCUCCUCAGAACUCAAUGUCGCUGGGACUCGAGUCGAAUGCAAGUUACAUCGACCCCAAUGCCCGCGCGCAAGAUCAGGUCGUAGGGGGCGGAGGUGCAAGGAACGACACGGAGAGUGGGUCGGAGAAGGACGAUGAUGAAGAAGCACGCCGCCCCCAGGAGAUUGGUAGACGCUCAGACGCAGAGCGCCGGACACAGCCUCCCGGCGGCUCCCACGAAGCAAGCCGUGGCGAUGCUUCGGCCUUGGUAUAG